AUGACUUUCCUCAGACCCGAAAGUUCGGCCCGUGGCCUUGUGAGAUAUUUCUCCACAUGCUCGUGGAGACUUCAGAGUGCUCAGAAUGCGCCAGCUGUUCUGGUCAGCACAACUAGCGGUCGUCCUCCAGUGCCUCCAGCAGAAGGUAAAAGACCUAACAGAUUUGCUCCCGCCAGACUCAACGACAACAUCCGUGACUGGGAACUCGAGAGAUUGAGAAUAGUUCCUAGAUUGUCGACUUUCUAUGGCGGAAACCCAGUGCAUGAUGACAACAUCAACAAGUUGAACGCUAUGGUUAGAAAGCACAAGAACUUGCCCACCAGAGUAUUGGACAGCAAGGAAUUACAAGCAUUCAAGUUCGUGUCGUUUGAAGAGUACAAGAAGAGAACACAGGCAGGCACUCGUCUCAAGAUCGGCCACCACAAGGAGUUGGUUGAGUUGUUGAACCGUUUGAGAAGUAUCGAGCCGGAGUUGAUGCCUCGUGAUGUGAUUGGUUUGUUGAACAGCUAUACUGCCUCUUCCGACGACACUCAGAAGUCUGUGCAAAAGGUGGUCAAGCAGUUGGAUGAGUUUGGACGUGCACACACAGUAGGAAAGAGAAAGAGAGCCGUGGCCAACAUCUCCAUGGUAAAAGGUGAGGGUCAAGUGAUUGUCAACGGCAAGUCAUUCAGUGAAUACUUCAGCCGAGAGAUGGACAGAAACAAAAUCGCAUAUCCAUUCAAGGUGGUGAGCCAGGAGGGCCAGUACAACUUGUUCAUCACCACCGAGGGAGGAGGAAUCAGUGGUCAGGCCGAAGCUGCUAUGUUUGGAAUCUCUAAAGCAUUGGUUGUGUUCAAUCCAUUGUUUAAGUCGCGGUUGAGAUUGGCCGGGUUGAUGACGAGAGACGCUAGAAAGGUAGAGAGAAAGAAGCCUGGUAAGGUCAAGGCUAGAAAGUCGCCAACGUGGGUCAAGCGUUAG